CUACAGACUCAAGGCGCUGCCCGUCCCAUCAUGACUACGAACGUUUUCUUCGGCGGCCUUCCUUCUGACAUCUCCACGCAUGAUCUUCGAACGUACCUCGCGUAUCAUCACCCGAUUGGAAUGGAUCUACAUAGGGAGAAGGGAAUUGCCUUUGUCCAAUUCGAAACGCCCAAGGACGCCUCAAAAGUGAUUGAUACGUUUCACCAGAAAAUGUUCCUAGGGCGCAGGAUCAUCGUCGAUGAGGCUCGUAGUACGCCCCCUGUCCACAAAAGAGGAAACAAUCGGAGCCGACUUGCUCCUCACGAGAAGCAAGAAACCUCACCCCCCGAAUCACCUUCAAGCAACUCCGAUGGCCCUCCUCCUCCCGUUACGCCGCAGAGUACUACCCCUCAAACUACACCUCCCCUCCUGAUGGAAGACGAUUCCCCGAGUGAUGGGCAGAUUUCUCGACCUUCUGAAAUCAACGAAAAGCGUGACACCAGUUACACACCUACCCAACACCGAUCGCCUACUCAGUCUAGACAAUCGCCAUCACAGCUUAGAGACGCAACUCGUUCUCAAAAUUUGCCCAGGCAACUAAGAUUCACACCUUAUGAUGACCAUGGCCGAUCUAGAGGCUACCGCGAUCGAGGAAACCAUACUGCGCGCGAUCACGCUGUCUUCAGUGCUAAUCGGCAUAGUGAAGGAGAUGGUUACCGUCAUACAAACAAUUACACGCCUCAGUCUCGUUAUACACAUCAACACUACCAGGGGUCAAGUUGGAGACCCUAAACCUCGAAGCUCUUUUGACACUUUUUUCCGCGACCUUAUCCCUUCCCUAUCGCGUUACUUUUGCCGUUUCUGGAAGUCAACUAUUUUUUUGUAUGUUUGGGCAUCGCUCCACCCUUUACAACUACACUGGAACUUGUAAUAUACCAACUGAAUUGUCAUAAAAGCUCGGGAACGAGAUACGGAAC